UAAACGGAGCGAAGCAACCAACCAACCCCCCGCGAAAUCUUCAAACCCCACCGCGACCGCCAUGCCAAUUUCGCUGCUCCUCUCCGCCCCCCUCCCCUGCCCGCCGCCGCCUCUCCUCCGCCACGGCUGCCGGCGGGUCCCGGCCCCCCUCCGCGCCGCCCACCUGCCUCCGCCGCUCCGCGUGGCCCUCGGCACCGCCCGUGGCGGCGGUGGCGGGCGGCUGCCCGUCGAGACGCGGUGCGCGCGGGCGGCCGCGGCGGUUGGGGUUUCAGGGGGAGGAAGCGACGCUGAGAGUGGCGCUGGCACGGGGAUCACCGCGGCGGCGGCGGCCACCGUGGCGCUCGCGGUGAUGAACCGGGUGCUGUACAAGCUUGCGCUCGUGCCCAUGAAGAAUUACCCCUUCUUCCUCGCGCAAGUUCUCACGUUUGGGUAUGUUGUAGUCUACUUCUCAAUUCUCUUUGUAAGAUAUCAGGCUGGUAUUGUCACUAAAGAAAUGCUAGCGCUUCCAAAAUCACGCUUCAUGUUAAUUGGACUGCUAGAAGCGAUGGGUGUUGCUUCAGGCAUGGCUGCUGCAGCUAUGUUGCCUGGGCCAUCUAUUCCAGUGCUGUCUCAGUCUUUUCUGGUAUGGCAGCUUAUUUUAUCAGUCAUCGUUUUGGGAAGGAAAUAUAGGGCAAACCAAAUUCUUGGAUGCUUGCUUGUUACAACUGGAGUAAUUCUAUCAGUAGUAAGUGGAGCAAACGGUGGUUCAUCUCUGUCUGAUGUCAAGUUUUUUUGGCCAGCAGUUUUGAUGGCUUCAUCUGCAUGUCAGGCUGGUGCAUCUAUAAUCAAGGAAUUUGUUUUCAUUGAUGGUGCAAAACGCCUUGAGGGAAAGCGGCCUGACAUAUUUGUGGUCAACUCUUUUGGGUCAGGAUUCCAGGCUCUUUUUGUUUUGCUACUCCUGCCGUUUCUCUCUAAUUUGAAAGGCAUUCCAUUGACUGAGCUCCCUGCAUAUGUAAACCGUGGUGCUGCAUGCUUUCUGAAUGUUGGUGGUGGUAAUCUGAACGAUUGUCCUGGAGCCCCUUUGCUACCACUGCUCUUCAUAACUAUGAACAUGGCCUUCAACAUUUCUGUGCUAAAUCUGGUGAAGAUGUCUACAGCACUGGUUGCUUCGCUAACAGCAACACUAGCAGUACCUCUUUCGAUAUACGUUCUGUCACUUCCUCUUCCAUACAUGCCUGGAGGAACAAGUUUAAGCACAUCCUUUUUGGUCGGCGCUGCUGUCUUGGUGCUUGGGUUGCUCCUAUACAACCUUCCUCAGAACUCAGCUGAUCAAGUGAAGACAGAGUGAUCAAAACCAAAAUCACUCACAAGGAUGGCAGCAAGCUUUUGAUGCACCUUGAUACAAUACAAGACCGUGCAUUUUCAACUGCGGUCUGCAGCACAUGUUUGUACAGAACUUCUGAAGGGUGUGAGCUCCGCAACCUGAGAGAAAUCUUUUCGCACAGGCAGGGUCUAAUAAAUUCUAACCUAUAAUGAACUCCCGGUGCCACCCACUCCACUUUAGCGACUCCAGCAACUAGCUUCAGUCUUUCUGUCAAAGAGAGCGCUUGGAAAUAUCAGAAGUUCGGUGUUCGUGUGGUUGCAAAUCAUCUACAGUUUUUAUUUUUUUGAUUCAUAAGCCAUAUUUCAAUGUAAAGGUUGUUUCUACUUGUGCGUCGAUGUAUUACCAAACGAAAUUGCUUAGUAUACCAUGCACAUCGCCAUCAAGCGCAAAACACAUGGGGUUGUCUA